AUCAUGGGCUCUACUGCUACGGAAAUCGAGGAGCUGGAAAACACCUCUUUUAAGUACCUCAUAGGAGAACAGACUGAAAAAAUGUGGCAACAGCUGAAAGGAAUACUAAGAUGUUUAGUAAAACAGCUGGAAAAAGGUGAUAUCAAUGUGGUGGACUUAAAGAAGAAUAUUGAAUAUGCAGCAUCUGUGCUAGAAGCUGUUUACAUUGAUGAAACGAGGAAAUUAUUGGACACUGAAGAUGAUCUCUGUGACAUCCAUAUCGAUUCGGUUCCGGCAGAAGUUAGGGAUUGGUUAGCUUCUACUUUUACAAGGAAAAUGGGGAUGAUAAAGAGGAAACCAGAAGAAAAGCCAAAGUUUCGUAGCAUUGUGCAUGCUGUCCAAGCUGGAAUUUUUGUGGACAGGAUGUAUAGAAGGACUUCCAACAUGGCUGGUUUGACUUACCCAGCAGCUGUCAUUGCAACAUUAAAGAAUAUAGACGAAUGGUCAUUUGAUGUAUUUGCCCUAAAUGAUGCAAGUGGAGAACACAGUCUGAAGUUUAUGAUGUAUGAAUUGUUCACCAGAUAUGACCUUUUCAACCGCUUCAAGAUUCCCGUGUCUGCUCUACUUUCUUUAUCUGAAGCCUUAGAAGUUGGUUACAACAAAUACAAAAAUCCGUAUCAUAAUUUAAUUCAUGCAGCAGAUGUCACUCAAACUGUGCAUUACAUUUUGCUUCGUACAGGUCUCAUGCACUGGCUCACUGAACUGGAACUUUUAGCGAUGGUCUUUGCAGCAGCCAUCCAUGAUUAUGAACAUACAGGGACCACCAACAGCUUUCAUAUUCAGACCAGGUCAGACACUGCCAUUUUAUAUAAUGACCGUUCAGUCCUGGAAAAUCAUCACCUGAGUUCAGUGUAUAAGCUUAUGCAAGACGACGAAAUGAACAUAUUGACAAACUUAUCCAAAGACGACUGGAGGGAUCUUCGGAACUUGAUUAUCGAGAUGGUUUUAUCUACUGAUAUGUCAAAUCAUUUCCAGCAAAUUAAAACUAUUAAGAACACUUUGCAGCAGCCAGAGGGGCUAGACAAAGCCAAAACCAUGUCCCUGGUUCUCCACGCUGCGGACAUAAGCCAUCCAGCAAAACCCUGGGAACUGCACUACCGGUGGACCAUGGCCCUGAUGGAAGAAUUUUUUCGACAGGGAGACAAGGAAGCUGAGUUAGGCCUUCCCUUUUCUCCACUUUGUGACCGCAAAUCAACUGUGGUAGCCCAAUCGCAAUUAGGUUUCAUCGAUUUCAUAGUAGAGCCAACAUUUGCUCUUCUCAUGGACGCAACAGAAAACAUUGUUAUUCCUCUUAUGGAGGAAGCCUCAAAAUCUGACUCUUCCUGUUCAACACCGAGCAGUUCCACUGGGUUUUACAUAGGGGAAAAUUUUAGAAGGCCGAAUGUUAGAAGCAGAAUAGUUGAUAAGUCUAAUUCCUUAGACAUUUCUCUUGCAACAGUGGACCUGAAGACCUUUAAGUGCAAAUUGAUGGAUAUCAUUCAAAGGAACAAAGAGAGGUGGAGAGAUUUAGCAAUUGAAGGUGAGGCUGAGCUCCAUAAAAAGUCAGAAGAGGUAAUAAAUACCACAGAAGAAAAAUGUGACGUGAUUCACCAUCAGUAGGUUUGAGACGUCUUAAAGGCCUCUGAUGUAUUACAAAUGAGAGGAAAAUCAGAACAGUGCAUAAAUAUCCUAAAUCCUCAAAUGGCCAAGAGACUCUACUAUAAGCAUAUUCAAGAAUCCUACCCUUUUUAAUGGAUGAUAAUGGAAGAAAAUUAAAAACAUGAAAUCCUGAGUUCGUAACUCAGGCCAUUUUGAUUUUCUCAAGAUUUCAGUAGAGUUUUCUUACUAUUGUUACUGUCAUAGUGUCAUCAUCAUUGUGUUUCCUCCACUGCUGGACCAUUUUCAAUCAAGCCAUUAAAAAACCAACAACUUUUCAGUCAAAUAUUGGACCACUUUUGAAAUUUGCAUUAUUGAAAGCUGUUCUAACUUAGCUGACUGUGAAAUGUGUAUAAAUAUAUGAUGCAUUUAUUCAUUCACUCAUCCAUUCUCUGAUGUACUGUUUUCUGAAAAGUGAUACAGCAAGCAAUUUCUUCUUUUAAACCUCGUGGAAAAAUUAGUUCUGCAGU